GUGUCGUCACUUCCGCUCCACCAAGCCGGUGGGCUGCGAGGCCUGGGGAGCCUCUCUUCGCGUGGCGGAGGGGAAGUGAGGCGGGCGAGGAGGAGGAGGAGGCGUGGGCUGCAGCAUGGCUUCGCUGCUGGCCGAGCCGGUGCCCAGUCCCAGCCGGGAAGGAGGCGGCGGAGGGAGCAGCCUAAGCAGCCGCCGACAGGAGAAGAGCCUGGGGCUCCUCACCGCCAAGUUCGUCUCGCUCCUUCAGGAGGCCAAGGACGGCGUGCUCGACCUGAAAGCGGCAGCUGAUACACUUGCAGUAAGACAGAAGAGGCGGAUCUAUGAUAUCACCAAUGUUUUGGAAGGGAUAGAUCUCAUUGAAAAAAAGUCAAAAAACAGCAUCCAGUGGAAAGGUGUGGGUGCUGGCUGCAAUACAAAGGAGAUUGUGGACAGGUUGAGGUACCUGGAAGCAGAAAUUGAAGAUCUAGAACUAAAAGAAAAAGAGUUAGAUCAGCAGAAAAUAUGGUUGCAGCAAAGCAUAAAAAAUGUGAAGGAAGAUUCUGAGAAUAAACACUUUUCAUACAUCACCCAUGAAGAUAUAUGUGAUUGCUUCAAUGGGGAUACACUACUAGCAAUCCAGGCACCUUCUGGCACACAGUUGGAAGUUCCUGUACCUCAAGUGGGACAAAAGAAAUACCAGAUCAAUCUCAAGAGUAAUUCAGGGCCUAUUCACGUACUGCUCAUAAAUAAAGAGUCCAGUUCUUCCAAGCCAGUGGUUUUUCCUGUCCCUCCACCAGAUGACCUUCUACAUCUUCCUUCUCAAUCUGCAAUUCCCUUGAUUCCCUCUAAAAUGGAUGCAGAACCUCAGACGUUACAAGAAUCUGGAACCUCUAAUCAGGAGCUAUCUUUGUCCCAGACACCAGUUGCAGAUAUGGCAACAGACAUCAAUUUACAAGACAUCCCAACCCCUGAGACGUUCUGUGUUAGCGUUCCCGAUUCUGAGCUGUACGAGAGCCUUGUAACAGAAACUACGCCAAGUUCAAAUACUUGUCAGCCAUUCAUUCCGCUGGAUGUUAAUAGUAUUCUCAAACCCAACACAUUUGACGUAGCAAAGAUGGAUGAGUCUGGAGGCAUAAUUAACAGUGACAUUAUUGAUGAACUGAUGUCCUCUGAUAUUUUUCCUCUCUUAAGACUCUCUCCUACUCCUGAAGAUGACUACAGCUUCAACCUGGAUGAUAAUGAAGGCAUUUGUGAUCUCUUUGAUGUGCAGAUACUGAACUAUUAGAUUUGAAACAGCCAGAUUGCCUCAUCUACCUCUAACUAUAUAAUAUUUUAGACUUCCUUUCAUAAUACAAGUAUUGAAAAUAAUGAAUGUAAAACUUCUGUAAUUCAUCAACACGGAGUGCACAUCUUCCUCUUACUGUGAUGAACAAAUCCUACAUUCAGUAAAAAUGGAACUGGCUUUUAAAUGUAGUGGAUGGGAUGGCGUUCAGCUGUUAUGGUACUCGAAUACAGUUACCGUACAAUACAGUAUUGUACUGAACUGAUCACAAAUCUCUAUGUGUUCAAAGAGAUAGCUGUAUUCGUUCAGAUUUGGUCGUUCUAAAAUAUUGGAAUUGUGUCUGAACAGUCCACUGCCAAUUAUAAAAAGAAGGGCAUUUAUUAGAGAUUACUCCAUUUUCUUCAGUGAACACUGAUAACAUUUUUAUGGAGUGCCUUUUUAAUAGCACUUUAAGUUUCUUCCCUUUUUUACUUCUGACAUUCCAUGUUCCUAGAUAUAGGACAGCACUAUUUGUAACAAAGAGUGCCAAUAUUUGUACAUUAACAAUAUCUUUAAAAUACAAUAAAGAACUAUACAAAAAGUC